AUGCCGCCAAGGCCGUCUUUCUCGCCACCACCGCUGCCCGACGGGAGGUGGGGCACGGCAGGCGCUGCCACGGACCAAUGGCCCAAGAGGAAGAAAAAGAAGAAUAAGAAAAAGAAAGCCAAAGGAGGCCAGGUGGUUACAGACCUGGAAGAAGAGGACAUCGUCGUCAACGACGCCCUCCAGGUGCUGUCGAAGCGCAUCGACCAGUCGGCCCUCGCAUCGCUGAAGGAGCAGGUUGCCAAGUCUGCUCCAAAGCCCGCACCGCCGGAGCUGCCUGAGGUUCAGCUGCAGCGUGCAGCCAUGGCGGCACGCGAGGCGCAAUCCAAGUAUGACGGCGCCUUGGACUGGGUCAACAAGGCCCAGCAGCAGCUCGACAACGCCACCAACUACCUCCAGGACAUGUCUGCUGCCCUGGCUGCCGCUGAGGCCGCCGAGGAGGAGGUACGUGCAAACCUGGCACCGCGCCCCAAGACAGCCCCGCAGGUCAUGCACGGGAAGCAGGGGAUCGACCUCAUGGCGCUGCUGGAGGGCGAGGCCAUCCAGAUCACGGAGGGCGACUUGUUGCAGCUCGACGUUGGCCUCGAGGAGCUCGACGACGGCGCGGAGGCGGUCAUCGAGCAGUGGAACAACCGGAAGCAGCAGCUCGGCGAGUUCAUCCAGAAGCUGGUGCAAGAUCAUUUCACCCCGAUGGCUGCGCAGGUGAAGGCCGAGAUUGAAGGCCUCCGCGAACAGAAGGCGAGGCUGGUCAGCCACAAGCGGAAGAAGACCAACGACGGCCAGGCAGCGGCUGGCGCCCCCGCGGCAACCCCAGAGGGUAGCCCUGGCGCCGCCGGCGCGGCUCCUCCCGCGGCCCAGUCGCAGGCGCAGGAGCCGCACGCCGCCGCAACCGUCUCCCGCGAGGCGGAGGCAACCACCAAGAGCCGUGUUGAUGCCCGCACUGCCGAGCUCUUCGACGCUGCCAUGGCCAAGGCAGGCAAGGGCAAGGGCGCUGGCCCCAGCAAGUGCCUGAAGAUCUACAUGCGCAAUAUUACUCGGUGGGGCCCGAAGGUGCUCGAGCAUCUGAAAAGCCAGUGGCAGGCUUACGAUGUCGUUGGUUUGUGCGAACACCAUACAGGUCCUGCUGAUAUCAAUGACCUCGGUGACAACAUCGCUAAGGCUGGAUGGCGCCCUGUCAUUUCGCCCGCAAUGCCCCGAGACCACGUGCUACAAGCAGGAGGUACCCUCAUCGCGGCCAAGAGGGGCCUCAACGUCCACUCCUUCUCACAUCUUGCAGCUCACGCUUCCCAGUGCUACGGCACCAGCCAUGGUGUCCAAGCUCUGAGUUCCCUUGGCAGUGGCCCCAUCGACUUUCACGAUUUCUCAGCCGUCAGCGUCCGAACCUCAUGGCAGCAGAUAGUUCUGGUCCAGAUCUACCUCGACCACGGCAUCGGGGUCAAGGGCAGGAAUCUGCGCAAGCUUCGCGCCCUAGGCGGCUUCCUAUCGGCGCAGGCUGCCCCAUGGAUUGCUUUUGGCGACUGGAAUGUGGAGCCGAACGAUCUCGACGACUGGUUGGAGAAAGUCGUCGGUACGCAGCUGCUUCCAGAAAACGUCGAGGUCACGAGCUUCGCUGGCGAGGGCCGGUUGUUCGACUUCGCCGUUUGCGCCAAGGACCUCGCCCCGUUCAUACGCUCCGUUCGCUCGGUUAUGGACGGGGAGUGGAAGGAGCACGCAGCGCUCCAGAUAAACAUCGGCCUCGACCCCGCCGACGCGGAGCACCUCACUU